AUGGCUUCCCCAAUGGAUGACCAGGUCGCCAAAAGUACUGAUGGAGAUCCAGAUAGAAGAGAGGAUGACCAUGAAGAGGACCACGCUCACUUGAGUGAGAGCCCAAAAUCAAAAGGGAAUGCAAGUAGUCCCUGGGUGAAUGAUUUGUUGUUACACAUCCUUGACAAAGUUGAAGGUUCAGAUGAUUUGUUGAAGGGGAUGAAAGCUGACUUUUCAUCAUUCAAUAAAAAAUUGAACUCUCACGCAGAUGCAAUCAAGAUACUUGAAGUUCAGUUGAGCUUACUUUCAACACAAUUGAAACCAAAAUUGACAAUGGAAGAUGAUGAUGGAGGGUUGGCUGUGGUUACUCGUAGUGGAAAGGUAGCAAUAGGUGAUGCGAUGGAAAAUAAAGAAACUCAAACACAUGAAGAAGACAAAGGCAUGGAGGAACAAGAGAUUGCCAAAGGACCACAAAAAGAAAUAGAGAAACACAAUCCAAUCCCAAAAGUUAUGCAUCCUUUACCCAAAAUAACUCCUCCAUUUCCCCAACAUCUAAAGAAGAAGAAUGACGAUGAGAAGUUCAAGAAGUUUUUAUCAGUGUUCAAGACAUUAUCAAUUAAUCUCCCUCUUGUGGAAGCAUUGUUGGAAAUGUCGGGUUAUGCCAAGUUUAUGAAGGAGUUAGUCACAAAGAAAAAGAUCAUCGAUUUUGAGACAAUCGAAGUUUCCCAUAGUUGUAGUGCAAUUAUGACUAAGGAGCUGAUAAAAAAGAGAGAAGAUCCUGGAGCGUUCACCAUCCCUUAUACCAUCGACAUGCUCCAAUUUGCUAAAGCCCUAUGCGAUUUGGGAGCAAGCAUCAACCUAAUGCCAUAUGAGAUCUAUAAACAACUUGGGUUGGGGGAACCGAAAGCCACAACAAUGAGACUCUUGAUGGAAGAUCGAUCAAUUAAAUAUCCUGUAGGGAUACUAUAUGACAUCUUGGUAAAGGUUGACUGA